AAUACUGGAGAGCUGAGAGUAAAAAUAAAAUCACAUUGGGAAGAAGAUGCUCACAUGCAGAAGGCUAUUAUUUAACACUGAAACAUCUUCAUAUGAUUGGAGUGUUUUAGAUUAGGUGGUACAGUUUUAGACUACUGCAUGGAGAGUUUGAGUAACAGGUCUAUCAAGCAGAAUAUUGAGCAAAACUCAAUUUCUCAGUUGUAUAAAAUGAGAGUAAAAUGUAAGUCACUCUGGAUAAGGGUGUCUGCCAAAUGCUGUAAAUGUACAGUUGACUGCACACUGUAAGUGACCAGAGACUUAUUUUUGUGUCAAAAAAUCUGAAAUCAUUUGCAUUGCAUUUUUGCACUGCGUAUUCCAAUAAAAGCUAAAGGGAAGUUAGUACUGCAAUAAUGUCUUGUGAAAAUGUAAAUGAAGACACAACAUAUUCACACAGAAGGACAGAGACAGAGACAAUAACAGUGUGUAACAGAACAGGAGCAGGAGUUACAGAACUUUGGUAUCUUUCUGAAGUGGAGUUGGUGUAGAAAUCUGUGAGAGUGAACUCAGGAUGAAGAUCCUCCUCAUCUUCGUGCUCUGUCUGAUCUCAGGUGGAGGAUCAGUAACAGAUGAAAGGAUGUCUUCAGGAGAAGGUGUCUUUAUCACCAGUGGAGGAUCAGUAACAGAUGAAAGGAUGUCUUCAGGAGAAGGAGUCCUUACCACCAGUGGAGGAUCAGUAACAGAUGAAAGGAUGUCUUCAGGAGAAGGAGUCCUUACCACCAGAUUUCCAGCUUUCACUGUGAUCACUGUGUCUGUAAUUCUGCUGCUGCUUCUGAUUGGAAUUAUAAUCCUCAUUCUGACUCUACGAAAGAGACGCAUAAUUAAAGCUUCUCUUGGCAUGUGUUGUGUACCAGGCUCAGGAAACAUCCAAGAGGUUCCUGUUGUUUUUAAUGAGAUUAAAGACACCAGACAACUUUCUGAAACUUCUACUGUUUAUUCCAAUGCUCAACUGCCCACAAUCCCCUCGGAUCAGGACACCUUCUCUACAGUUCAGUUACCCACACAUCUCUCGACUGAGGCUGAAGGUCUGACUUAUGCAACAAUUAGUCUUCACUCUGAUGCCACCAGCACUGAUGAUGCAGUUCCACAGUUUAAGGAAGACGUCUCUAGUGAAAAUAGUUCAGUCCAUCACAUUAGUUCAUCUGUUUAGUUUAGCAUCAUAAGGGCUAAGUCAUACAGUGCUGGAAUAUUUCUUUAUUUCUCUUCCACUUCUUCCACCUCUUCCCCUUCUUCUUCACUUUUCUCACUUCUUCUUUUUCUUCUCCUUCUUCUUAUUUACACUGGUCCUACCUUCUUUAUCUUACACUGCUAUAUGUGAAUAGAUUAGUGCUCCAUUAGAUCCAGGCACUGGAUCUUUACAAUUUUGUUCAGAUAUCUACAAUUUUUUUCCAUAUAUUAUUUCUUCUUCUUCUUCUUCUUCUUCUUCUUCUUCUUCUUCUUCUUCUUCUUUCUCUUCCUCCUCCUCCUUCUUCUUUUCCUCCCUCAAAACAUUAACUGCAGCAAUUGGCAUAAUACACUGGAAUUUUCAUUAACCUUUCCAUUUCUCACACAUGCACUUGUUUGUUUUUCAUUUUAAACCAUGGCCACAUUUUCACACUGUUUUAUAUCUGGACUCCUGAUUAUGUGCUGCUUCUAUCAUAUUAAAGUAUACUAUAGAAUGUAUAAUAUUUAGCAAAUAUCUAAAAAAUUGCUUUGUAGAACCAUGACUUCUUUCUAUUGAAAUAUGACAAGAUUCUAAAUAAUCAGUUAUAUUGUAGUUAAUUCUGAUCAAAUUUUCUGUUUCUUUAGAGAAAUCUUCCUUCUACAUAUAACACAGUAUGAUUUGCAAAUGAUAGUGAUGAAACAAUGAAUAUUCUAAUUAUUCUAUAAAAGCUGACGGUGAUCUCCAGCGACAUUUGGGUGUGGGUUUGAUUAGAUGAGAUGUAGCAAAGUGUACUCAGUUCUCUACACACUCUUCUGUUAAUGAUCCUGCUCACUGAUACUGCUCAAUGUACUUAAACAGUAUAUAUCAUGUCAUAUUUCGGCUCAAUGUACUUAUAUAUAUCAUGUCAUAUUUUGGCAUAAUGUACUCAGAUAUAUAAUGUCAUAUGUCGGCUCAAUGUACUUAUAUGUCAUAUGUCGGCUCAAUCUACUCAUAUAUUUCAUGUCAUAUAUCGGCACAAUGUACUAAAUUAUAUAUAUCAUGUCAAUGUCGGCUCAAUGUACUUAUAUAUGUCGUGUCAUAUCUGUACUCAUAUUCUGGCAAGUAUGCCUGAUCGAUUA